AUGGGUGUUAUCAUUGGUGGAGUUCUCGGGUUCGUUAUUGCCACAAUCUUCCAGUGCGUCCCUGUGGCGGGCUCCUGGGAAAAGACGCUACCAGCGAAAUGCAUCAACAACGCCUGGUUCCGCUGGUGGUGGGCAGGCUACAACACCGCAACCGAUAUCUGGAUCUGCCUUCUACCGAUGCCCCUUCUUGCGCGACUACAGCUGGAUACUGUGCGCAAGGUUGGUGUCAUGCUCAUGUUCGCUCUCGGUCUUUUCGUCUGCGUCACUAGUAUCGUCCGUAUCACUGCCCUCGUACAAAGUGUCUCCACUACCGAUACAACAUGGGGUUCAUGGGAUGCUUUACUGUGGAGUGGUAUUGAGGCUAGCACUGGCAUUAUCUGCGCCUGCCUGCCCUUCUUGAAGCAUCCUCUCAAGCAGAUGUUUCCCAGGCUCUUCUCCUCCUUCGACAGCAGAGUCAGCCGCAGUCGACCAACAUACAAACUCAGUGCUCUCUCACAAAGAGCUCACCGGACCCAUCCCAACGGAGAAUGGCAGAACCUUGAUACGUCCAAGGUCGCUACAGGUACAGGUAGUAUUGGUACGGGCGGUAGUGAGGAAGCUAUCGUACCCGGUCACAUUAUGAUGAAGACGGAUAUCUCGCUGAAGACGGAACGUGUAUAA